UGAAACAAAUAUGGGUGGCUGCUUAAGCAACAAUGCAACUUCUGGCAAAAAAUUCAAGCUAGGAAGCAAUAAGGAUUAUUAUUCCAGAUCAAAAGCUACCAACUUAACUGCAGAAGAGAUUGAAGCGAGAAGCCAAUUUGAUCAUAAAAAGCCAUGUAAGGAAAAGAUCAAACAAGCUGGUGAAAUUCUUAAGAAAGAACUUGGCAUUGAUUUCCAAAAACUAAUCAAUGAGUGUGAGGACCUAGUGUUCCCUCCUGAUGACAUUAGUAGCUAUGAGUAUGAGCUAUUUCUUGAAAUUAACAUUAUGAGGACCAAUCCCGAGAAAUUUGUCUCAUAUAUCCUUGAUAAUUACAUAACAAAAUUUUCCAAUUCUGAAGAAGAGAAAUUCAAGGAAACCUGAAGUCAUUUAAAAUAGCAUGAUGAAGCUCAAACCUGUCAAGUGGGAUCCCAGAAUAGAGUCCAGCAUCGCUGAUUACCAAGACAAAGGAUCUGAUAUUACAGAGAGACUGGAAAAGUUAGGGAUUAAUCGAGAAGUUCUCUCAACAGAGGUUUUACUAAAAGGCUCUAAAUUUGCAUUUGAAACUCUCUGAAAUUUACUCAAAAGCACGGAUGACGAUAAGAACUUAGAGAAAGAAAAACUUCUUUUCUCCAUGUUUAGAAAUAUCGCAAUAGGAUGCACCGAUAAGCUUGAUGUAGCUAUUGUGUUGACCAAUGAUUAA